CGCGAUUUAGUGUGUACCGCACGUAGCAUUUGAAUUUCGUCGUGCAAUGCUUUUAGUUUGUCUUCGUGCCCCAAGAAAAGCUAUACAAGGCAGCAGAGCUGCCGUUUCCAUAUGAAAUUUGUUUGACGUGCUUUAUUUUACCUUUUGCUGAGACAUGCUUGCCGCUUGAGUGUUCUCCACAAAGAGGCUAACUAAAACAUACAAUUCCGGCAGGAGAAUGCAUCUCCAAACCACGCACAAAACGGCUAUGGAUUCCACAAUCUCAACUGCUUCCAGUUCCUCGGCAACUGCUGCCACACAUUGCGACGUGCGGCAGUUUCAUGGCUUGAUAACAUGCGGCCUCUGCCAUGGCUACAUGAUCGAUCCCACCACAGUGGACCAUUGCUAUCACACAUAUUGCCGCAGUUGCAUAUUGAAGCAUCUGCUGCGCGUUGCCUACUGCCCGCAGUGCAAGUCCAGCGGCGGCAAGGAGGUCAGCGAGAUCAACCUCAGAUCGGACGACAUUCUGCGAUCGCUGAUCUACAAGCUGGUGCCCGGUCUGUAUCGAAGGGAGUGCGAUCAGCUGGCAGACUUCAGGGAGCAGCAUCGGGAACUGUUCGAUGGGGACGACCAGCAGGCGUUGCCCGAGCCGGAGUUCUUCACAUCGGCGGAUCUUGUGAGCCUCUCCCUGGAGUACCAUCCAGCGAUGCUGGAUAAGUGCACGGGGGCGAGCGAGGUGCCGCCGGUUAUCUACCUGCAGUGCCCCGCCGGGCUGAAGGUGGAGCUGCUGCGACGCUUCCUCUGCUCCAAGUACAACAUCGAUGCGGAGAACAAGCUGGUCGAGGUGGAGGUGACCUACGAGGACGAGGUGCUGCCCUCCAGAUUCACACUGAUGGACGUGGGCUAUUGCUACAAGUGGACUGGGCAUGCCCCGAUGGCCUUCUGCUACCGGAUUAUGGUGUACGAGAGCGAGCGAGCAAAAAACGACGAGAACACUCUGUCGAGGAUUAAUAACCAGGAGCUGGACAAUGCCCGGAAGGUGCGCCGCUCCAAGAGCGCCAAGUCGGUGACUUUCGCCGAGGACAUCGAGGUGGAGAUGGACUCGCCGCGCGCCAAGGGACGCAACAAAUCCGCGAAAGUGUCACCGCCACCGCCACCGCCACCGAAGGCCAAGCGCCUGGCGACGGCCAAGCGCGAGCUGGAGGACAGCUCCAGCUCCAGUUCGGUGAGCAGCUUCAAGAGUCUCCGCAGCAACGACAUGCGCUACAGCGACUAUGCCGUGGCGCGGGUAAAGAGCGAACCCGAAGCAGAACCGGAUGCGGAUGCGGCCGAUCAGCCCCGAGAGUCCGCACUGCCGCCCCACAUGAACAUCGUGGUGAGCAUUCCGCCCUCCCAGGUCAGUCGCUACGUCGACGAUGCGGACUUUGAGCUGAAGACGGCCAACAAGAAGGGCAACCUGCCGAAGCUGAAGAUCGAGCUGAACAGCAUGAGAAGCAAGCUGUCCAUGCCGAUGUCCGCGGAGCCCCGCCUGGAGGACACCUCCUGCUCCGUGCAGCAGCUCGAUCUGGAGACCUACGCCAAGAACAUUGGACUCAAGCCCAUCGAACCCGCCCACUCCACACCUUCGGUGGCUGCAGCGGACACGAAAUACAGUCCGAACGCCUCGCCAAUGUCCUCUUGCUCCACAUCCACCAACGGCUCUGGGUCGGGUUCCAAUGUCUUGGGCACAGCAGAUGGCAACAGCUCCAUUCCCAACGCAGGUUCUGGGUCCAGCUCCCAUCGCAAGCGCAAGAAGAAGCACUCCAAGGAGCCGAAGGACGCGAAUGGAAAGCGAAAGAAGCUGCACGCGGAGAUCUCCUCGCAGACCGAUGGCAAGAUGAAGGUGAAGAUCACUUCCAAUCCCACCACCAACCACAAGCACAAGCUGGACCUGAAACGAUCACACUCCCUGGCUGGCGGCGAACUGGGCCUGGGAUCCUCCGUCUCCGCCUCCGCCUCCGUCUCCCUCUCCCACCUGAAGCUGGAGGAGACGAGAGAUGCCACCAGCGAGGCGCUCAACCGGACGCUCAGCGAGGAGUCGCGCAGCAUCAGCAGUCUGAUGACCGGCGCUCCCACGCCGCCCCCCACGCCCACAACCGAAACGGAAGCGUCCAAAAUGGCGCUGGUGGCCAAGGAGCUGGCGUUGCCGGCAUCGCCCCCGCUGCCGCCGAGCCUCUUCAAGGCAUUUACCCCAGCCUCCGCUCCAGUCGCGAUGCCAUCCACGACGAUUUCUGCGGCUAAGCCCAAGCAACAGCAGCAGCAGCAGCAGCAGCAACCAGCAAAGGCUGGCACAAAGCCUCCACACACCAACAACAACAAUAACAACAGCAACAGCAACAACAACAACAACAACAACAACAACAACCGGAAACAGGCCCAGUCGGUGUCGCCUGGCGGACACUUUGUGGUGCCCCAGCCACCGACGCACGCAAAUCGCAACAUGUACCACAUGCAGCGCUACCUCUCCACACCCAGCUCCAUCGCCAGUUCGGCCAACAAGCAGCCGAAGCGCUCCGUCUCCGUGGACGAGUCCCUGGCCAAACAGGCGCGCCUCCAUCAAGUGCAGGCUAUGCCCAGCUACGCGGCUCGCUUCCAGAUGCACGCCAAUGGAAACGGACCGAAGGUGGCCUCCGCCUCCUACCUGCCCAAUCCACAGACGCGUCUGUACGGCCCGGAGAUGGCCAAGCAGCAGCAGGCGCUGCCCAGCCCCACCAUCAGCAGUGGCUCGCUGACCAUCACGCCCCGUGGUCGUCCCAGCCAACAAAUGGCCUACUCCUUCCCAGAGCCAGCCAGCCACAUGCCCGCUGUGGAGUUUGUGCGCCUGGUGCCGAGCAAGCCGGCGGCGGGUGCGAUGCCCAGACAGCCGCCCGCGAUGAUGACUGGCGGUCGCAUAAUGGGACCACCGGCGGCACUGCCCAAGCAGCAGAACCAGCACCAGCACCAGCAUCAGAAUCAGGCUCAGAGCCAGGCCAGGGGACAGGCGAAGAGAGCUGCUGUCCAGUCGCCGCCAAUGCCCAUGCCCAUGCCCAUGCCGAUGCCGAUGCCGAUUCCGGCGAUUGUCAAGUCGCCGCCGCUGGCCGUCGCACUGAGUGGGCAACGUGGCAGCCACAACUACAACAACCACAACCACAACCACAAGAGCAACAACAGCAAGAGCAACAACAAUGCGGCUUAUCGCGCAUCUCCGCCUGCAUUAAUAAAUCUGCGCAACACCGAUCCACUCCCGUUUCCAUCAAAGUCAAGCGCAAAGGCAGACGCCAAUUCAAAGAAAUCCCCGCCAGCAGCUGCAGCGGGAACUGGAGCUGGCUGCAUCGGAGGUGGUUCAAUGGGCAGCAGCAGCAGCAGCAGCAGCGGCAGCGGCAGUCAAAGCAAAACCAAUGGCACGACUGCAUUGGAUCCAUCGAAAACUGGUUUGCGCGAAUUUCGACCGCCGUUUGGCACAGCAUUGCCAGCAGCAGCAGCAGCAGCAGCCAAGGAUGCCGACAUACUUGAUUUAUCAGCGAACCCUGGCCGCAACAGCAACAACAACAGCAGCACCAAAUUGACUGGGACAAGCAGGGCGCCCACAUCCACAUUACCGCCUGCGGGCAGCACCACAAGCAGCAGCAGCAGCAGCAGCAGCAGCAACAGCCUGGAGGCAGCCUUAAACAAAAUCAAACAGAACAUAUCCGCCAACAGCAACAGCAAUGGCAAUGGAGGAGGAUUAACCUCUGGGGCGGCAGCGACAACAACAACAGCGGCAAAUGGCACCACCACCAGUCCCACAAGCACUCCAAGCAGCAGCAGCAGCAGCAGCAGCAGUGGCACCGCCACAGCCACGGCCACUGGCACUGGCACUGGCACUGGCGAUGAUCUACAGAAUCUGCAUUUGCUCUCCGAAUCGGCGACGGCGCGCGAGAAGAUCUCGAUAAAGUCGGGCGGCAGCAACAUCUUCGAGAACAAGCCAAAGAAUGGGAAUGCAGUGGUGCGGCCACAGAAUGCCUCAGUGCGGAGCAUACCCAAUCCAUCCGCACUGGCCUUUCGCAAUCAGACAACGCUUCCAGCAGCAGCAGCAGCAUCACCAGCAGUAUCUAUGGCCAGUGCAAUCACGAAACCGCUGACGGUGAAGGCCGAGGAAAAGCCGAAGAUGUCAACCACCGCGCCGGGCCAGCUCAGUCCCACCGGCAGCAAUGGCAGCAGCCACAGCAGCUCUGGAUGCAGUGCAGCAGCCACCUCGCCGCGUGCCCUGACCAAGAAACCGACGACGAUCGAUCAAGUGGCGGCCAAUUUGAAUAUUCGUGCCGAGGCCAAAGCCGCUGCCCUGGCCGAGGAGGCUCCCCUGGUGCUCACCACCAGCUCCGCCAAGUCCCCGGAGCUGGCCAAGACGACAGCGGCAGUCACAAUUACAGCCACAGCCACAGCCACAGCCACAGCGACAGCCCAACCCGAUCCAGUCGCAAUCGGCACAAAGUCAGAGUCGACCAAGGAGACAGCAAUCACCGUCUCGGCGGCCAGCACUCUCCUGUCCAUACCCGCAGCGGCGGGCAUCGUGAGCCAGUCCGAGGCCCUGCCCAAGCCACCCGUACAGAUCGCCGCCACCGACACUCUGGCUCCGGUGGCGAGUUCCGCUUAGUCACAAGCUUUUCUGUGGCUGUGCGGAACGCAAAUGUAUCUUGUGGCGCCGUUGGAGAACCUACAAAAUAGCAGCAACAGCAACAGCAACAACAACAACAACAACAACAACAGCAACUAAGAGAGAAGACAACGACAACUCACCUGUCAGUGCUUGCUCCCGAAGAGAAAAGUGCAAUUUGUAUGAAAUCAGUUAACUUGAAAUAGACGAGAUUCGUAAGCCUUAAAACCGACCCGAAGUAUCCUCAAUAGAAAGCAAUAUAGAGUAGAUUAGAGACCAAACCGAAUCGUUUUCAGAGCCAAGCAAAUAUUUUGCCAUUGUAUUAGGAUGCCACAAAUGAAAUAUUCCAAGGUAGGCAGGGAAGAAAAUGUUAAAAA